CCCAGCGUCCACAGCGUCCACAGCGCGGAGACAGGCGCGCGCUUCUAUGCGCAUCGCCACUCGGCAUAAACGCGAUUAGCGCGUCAUCCGCUGCUUCGUCGCCACGUGGAAGCAUGCUACGUGAGGCUUUGAGGGCGCUUUUGCGUCAAAUCACUACGACCUUAUCGUGGGUUCUCGAGGCAUUGCGAGCGUCGACCGGCACGUCAAUGGUGGUGGCACCCAGACUGGAUCUUCCUCUGAAAUUUAAUAUAAUGGAGCGCGGUGAUUGGCCACUGCGCGACGAUCGCAGCGAUUGCAACAUUGCGUGUCGUCGUGCAGCUGAUGGGCGACCGCGAUACUCGGACCAAGAGAAUCGAAUUGGAUCAGUCAUGGGCUUUACGUGGUUUGGCAUCGGCAAAGGCCGGCAGCUCGUACAGGCCGCCAAGGAAGGCGACGUCGAACAAGUCGCCAUGCUCCUCCGGAAGCGCGCCAACCCCAACGCCAAGAAGGCCGGUAUGACGGCGCUCUUCUACGCCGCCUCGAGCGGCCGCGUCCCGAUUGCGAUGAUGCUCGUCGAGGCCGGCGUCGACGUCAACAAGAGCACCUCGCUCGGCGAAUACCCCAUCUACAUUGCGGCUGCCAACGGCCACGCCGAAGUUGUCCAGAUCCUCGUGACGGCCAAGGCGAACGUCAACAAGGUCAAAAAGGACGGCGACUCGGCGCUGUACAUUGCCGCGGCGAAUGGCCACACGCGCAUCGUCGAGAUGCUUGUAGCGGCCAAAGCCGACGUCAACAAGACCAACAAGACGGGCGACCUUCCAAUCAAGAUGGCGGCGCAGGGCGGCUUUAUCGACAUUGUCCGCAUCCUCAUUGGCGCCAAGGCCGACAUGAACAAGUGCGACGAGUUUGGCUUUUCCACGAUCUACGUGGCCGCGUCGCACGGCGAAGAUGAGAUCGUCCAGCUCCUCAUCGAUGCUGGCGCCGACAUGGACCCGUCCAAGUUGUUCAACCCGAUCCACAUUGCGACCGUGAACGGCCACCGCAACUGCGCCAAGAUGAUCAAGCAAGCCAUGCGUGCGGCGCGUGCGACGCGUGCGCUCAAGCACGUGCCACGCGACGAGCUGCCGCGGCUCGAGUACCUCGGCAGCGGCGUCCAAGCCUAUGUCUACAAGAGCGAGUACCACGGACAGGACGUCGCGGUCAAGGUCUUUCUGCGGCGCAACAAGGCGUCGAUCCCGAUUCUCGACAAGGAAUUCGAUUUGAUCUGUCGGCUCGAGUCGCCCAACAUUGUGCAGCCGAUCGUCGUCUUUCGCGAAAACAUUGGGCCCAACGAGCCGCUCCAGAUCGUGACCGAGUACAUGGACGGCGGCAGCCUCGCCACGUAUCUGCGCAUGCGCCGCGAGCACGUCCCAACGGCCUUUGAAUUCUCGACCGUCGAGCUCGCGCUCGCGAUUACCAAAGGCGUCUUUGAUCUGCACACGAACGACAUUAUGCACCGCAACCUCAAGUCCUCGAACGUGCUCCUCUCGUCGACGGGCCAGCACAUCAAGCUCAGCGACGUGGGCAUUCCGCCCGUGCUCCAAUACGACCGCAUGAGCGACGCGCUCGGCGCCGCGUACUGGGUCGCGCCCGAAGUGCUCUCAGGCGAAGAGCACACGUUUGCGUCGGACAUUUACUCGCUCGGGAUUGUCCUUGCAGAGAUUGAGACCUUGCAGCGCCCGUACGCCAACGUGACGAAAAACGUGUGGGAGAUCCUCGACGACGUCAAGCGCGGCGAGAUUCGACCGGAGCUCAUGGCCGACUGCCCGCCGUCGUACCGCAAGGUCGUCGAAGGCUGCUUGAAGCGCGACCCGAUCGAGCGCCCCAACGCCCUCCAAGUGCUCGAGUGCUUUGUGUUUGCCGUGCACGCCAACAAGUAGGAUUGCUUUCGAUCCUACCACAAAAUUCGAGUUGUAUUGUCGCUACA